GGGUGACGGAGGUAACUGAGGAAGAGUCUGCCUGGCUUCUACGGCGUCAAUCCGUACAAACAUCCACGCAAGGACUCCACCUUCCCUCCCGCUCCUCCUCUAGAGUUGUUCCAACUCCUUUCGUCCUGGUAUUUCUUCAGCGGCUUCCGCAUGACUCACGUCUAAAUAAGAUAGCCGCCUGAGCCUUUGCGAGCCUAUAUGACGUCCUCCUACACUUCACACCAUCGCAUACUUUGUUUUUUCGUUUACCAGCCUCCAAGACCCCCGCGGUCGUCUCCUUUGACUCUUCGUCACUCGAGAGGACCACCGAACCAUUAUCAAGACUCGAUUUUUCCACCAUGAUUACGAAUAAUCGAGACUAUUCGCCUUCGAAUCUACCGCUAAUACCCUCUUCACCUCAGUUGGGUCCCAAGGAAGCACCCUUCUCCCUCCCGACAAUCACCGAAAUAAUUAGCCCCUUGAAUCAUGAUGGUUCUGGGCAGGACUCGCGGCAGUACGCCCCACACCCUUUGUCAACGACAGAAGCGUAUCUUCGCCCAUCGCAGAGGUUCAAAGGUGGUGGAGACUUGAAACCUCCGGAGCAUAUGCUCCGUCGUAAAACCCCAAGUGGGAUAUUGCCAGCUGCAUACGAUGGCACUUCAGUGGAACAAACGGCGAGGCCGCACGCUACGAAGCACAUCUUACUCGACGCGACAACUGCUGGGACAGGCGAGCCAUAUAGACAAAGACAGGAGCUUCCGCUAAGGUCGGCACCAAUCGAUCACCUUGCACCUGGGCCUCAGUAUCAAAGUCCAGACUGGAGCCCUUCCUUGUAUUUCGAGACGGGCUCGGGCCGCGUCUCUGGCCAUCCUUAUAAGCCAACCUACGAUGCUCACCAAUAUACGGGCCAGUGGGUGCCUCAAGAUUCCGUGCUGUACCCGAACCCACCCCUCCAAUAUGCGUUCCAAUAUGCGCCACAAUCUUUUCCGUACGGUCCGACCGGUCUUGGUGCUAUGGAACCAUUUCGCAAUCUAGGUCCUACUGUUUCGAACGUCCAGGUUCCCUACGGUCCCUAUUGGCAUGAUGGUACAUAUAGGCCCUAUGAACCCGCAGCACUGCGCCAGCCACAUUAUUACACUCCUCUGAAUUCUAACCAGCUAAAUUCACCAUUCUACACUGCGCAAAAUCCAUGGAUUGGACAGUCAAACGGACCAGCACCUCUUCAGCAAACUGUGCAGUCUCCAUCAGCAUUUUGGGGCCUUUCCGCUCUCCCUCCACUGAGUUCACCACCAUUUAUACCCCCACUCCAUGAGCAGUCAUCUCUGGUAUCUUCGGGCAGUCCACAACUGGCAUUUGCUCAGUUCCCACGUCCCCAAGAUACCCAGACCAAGGAGCGAGUGUUCUCCUGGGCACAUACAGUCUACAUUGAUUUGCUCAAGUAUCUGCAGGCAACUCGUAAGGUGAAUCCAAAGGGACAGCAGCCUCGACCGCACGUUUACCCUAAACCCCCUCGACAAUCCGCUCUUUCCGACUCCGCCUUUGCCAACUCUUCAAAUGGUGGUGAUAUGACGCCAACAAUUCGAAGAGACAGCAUCCGAUAUGGCGAAUCAGGGCCCCGGAUUGAUAGGGUGGAUUCUAUUGCGACCAAGAUGUCGGAGGGUUUCGGUUUGCAUCCACAGGGCAACUAUCAGCGCUCCAAUUCCCUGCAUGUGUACCAUCCAGGUCCUGCAAAUAUCAAUGUCAAUGUAGGGCAGGCUCUGUCCCACGAGGCAGGUAAUAUUAACCCGUAUCCACAUGGACGCCCACUUGCCCGUCAGCUACGCAGAACUUCGGGAACCUCUAUUGCUGGGUGGAACCAAAUCUUCCAACCGGAGCCGCUGAGCACGACCGCUGCUCGAGCCUUGAGUAUGAUCGAGAAGUUUGUUGAGGAGAGCAAUUGGACCUGGAGAGACGGGAUACUCUUAGGCGGAUGCCUUGCGUACGGUCUAGGAGAUUUCCAGAAGGCACAUGCGUGGUACAUGAGAAUCCUGGAGACCGAUCCUAAUCAUGUUGAAGCAAUCUCGAACCUCGCCGCCACUUGCCUUGCCCUCAAGCAAGUACGGGAGGCCGAGGCGUACUGGAGAAGGGCGACGGAACUACGUCCCAGCUAUUUCGAAGCCGUGGAACAUCUCGUUGGACUGCUGUGCGGGGACAAUAGGCCCCGCGAGGCUGUACAGCUUAUUGAAAAGGUUGAAGCGGCUCUGAAGCCAACACGACGGUCUUCCCAUCCGACGUCAGCUGGCAGUGAGGCGCAAAGUGUUUCGUCGGAUCGACCUUUCUUUGAGAAUGAAGUUGGCAGCGACGCCGGCCGGUCAGAAUUCGCACUCCACAGCGACCAGCCAGGAUUUGGAAGCAGCGGUUACAACAUUCCUGGAUCAGAGAACGGCCGCAUUCUCGCCUUGGUCCAUGCGAAGGGCAACCUACUCUAUGGUAUGGGAGAUAAUGCGGGCGCUGCCGAAGCGUUUGAAACCGCCAUCCUGAUCGGAGCAGGACGUCAUUCGUACAAAUCAGACGGAAUCCAAGGCCUCAUUAAGCACAUCCUCUCCGUUGUUGGCUACAAUGCGAAUGAGCGCUCUCCAGGCGGUGGUCUUGUUCCGCCCUCCAACGAUCCCGUCCUGCUACCGCCUCAGCACGCUCUCCACACUGCAUCGCUCUGCUUUCCUCCAAAGGGUGAAUUGCCUGGACUCCGAUACGUGGCCGAAGGUGUGGCUUGGAAAGCGGCCGUUUCGACUACCAGUAACUCGCUCUUGUCUCUGGCCAAGAUCUUCCAGGAUGGGAUGGCAGUUAACUCACCGAGGGCGUCGGCAUACCACUCCAUAUAUGGUGUCAGAGAAAUACUCGCAUUAUAUUACCUGUCAUUCUCGCUACAGCAGAGUCCCUCGACAGCAAAUAAUGUCGGCAUACUUCUGGCCAGCGUUCAACAGUCGGCGCGCUCGAGAUAUGUAUCACGCCCCGAUGAUCAGCAGUCUCUUGGGAUCCCCGGGUUGGUUCCAGGAAGUGGCGUUGCGUUGGCAUUGGCUUACUAUAACUACGGCCUUCUUAUUGAUAGCCGCCAUGCCCAUUUGUAUACGAAUCUGGGAAGCUUGUUGAAAGAUAUUGGUCAGCUGGAUGUUGCAAUUUCGAUGUAUGAAAAUGCCGUUCGCUGCGAUGGCAACUUCGACAUCGCCCUCGCCAAUCUCGCGAACGCUGUUAAGGACAAAGGUCGGAUAAGCGACGCUAUCGGUUAUUACAGGAGGGCUGUGCAGGCCAAUCCAGACUUCGCUGAGGCCGUAUGCGGGCUUGCUAAUGCGCUCAAUUCGGUCUGUGACUGGCGUGAAAGAGGCGGAAUUGCAAAUGAUGGUGGUUCUAGGGAUCGCUGGCAUGUUGACGCCAACGGAAUGCUGCUGGAUGCUAGGCUACCCGGCGCUUCCAGUUCUGGCUGGAUCAAGCGGGUCGUGGACCUUGUUGAGAAGCAGCUCAUUGAAGGAGAAGUAUGGGGCCGUGGAAUCAUGGACGACGCCUUCUUGACGAGCAUCCUACGGCCAUUGGUCAUAGGAAGUGGCCGGGGGAACGAAGAUGACAUUCAAGCCCGAACAGAAACCCUGCAGCGAACAAUUGCCCUUUGGCGUGACCAGAGAUGGGAAGGCGCUCGGCUCAUGCGCCUCUAUGAACGCGCUAUCAGGAGGUUAGGAUGGCAGUGGUACCAUGAUCGAAAAGACCACAAGGAGCGUGAUGCUGAGGCUUACCAACGGCCUAUACUUCCUUCGGCCCUCACAGUUCCUGCCGCCCCGACCGUUCUACCUUUCCAUACUUUCACCUGCCCGAUGUCAGCGAAGCAGAUCCGUAUGAUCUCUCAAAGGAACGGACUUCGGAUCUCGUGCUCAACAUUCAAGUCACCCUGGAUGCCGCGCACAGUGUAUCCGCCCCCGCCACCACCUAUGCCCGUUCUUAAUGUCGGAUAUGUAUCGUCGGACUUCAACAACCAUCCCCUUGCCCAUCUGAUGCAAUCCGCUUUCGGACUUCACGAUCCGACGCGCGUGAAAGCAUUCUGCUAUGCGACAACGGCGAGCGAUGGAUCCAUACAUAGACAGCAGAUCGAGCGAGAGGCACCCGUUUUCCGCGACGCUCAUCUUUGGUCUCCGGAUCAGCUGGUUAACAGAAUUGUUGAGGACGAGAUUCACAUACUUGUCAAUUUGAACGGUUACACCAGAGGUGCGAGAAACGAGGUAUUUGCUGCACGUCCUGCACCCAUUCAGAUGUCCUUUAUGGGUUUUGCUGGGACCCUGGGCGCUGAGUGGUGUGACUAUCUGCUCGCAGAUCAUACGUCAAUACCACCGGCCACACUUCGGCCCUGGCGGCGUAAUGUUGAUAUGGAGGACUUGUUGCACGAAGAAGACGAUGACAACGACAAUUGGGUGUAUGGGGAGAACAUCAUUUUCUGCAGAGAUACCUUCUUCUGUUGCGAUCAUAAACAAAGCGCGCCCGAUGCGAGACAGCAAUUGGGCUGGGAAGAAGAGCAAGAGAGGAGAUGGGCCAUGCGAAAGGAAAUCUUCCCACACUUAUCGGACGAGGUCAUCAUCUUUGGGAACUUCAACCAAUUGUACAAGAUCGACCCGACCACCUUCCGCACAUGGCUCCGAAUCUUAGAACGCGUACCCAAAGCUGUUCUCUGGCUCCUCCGCUUCCCAGACCUAGGCGAAACCAACCUUCGUCGUCAAGCUCUCCAAUGGGCUAGCCCAGACGUCGCCAACCGCAUCAUAUUCACAGACGUGGCCCCAAAACAUCAACAUAUAUCCCGCGCGCGUGUUUGCGAUCUCUUCCUCGACACGCCCGAAUGUAACGCCCAUACCACCGCUGCGGAUGUUGUCUGGUCCGGCACCCCUCUGCUCACGCUACCGAGAUACGAAUACAAAAUGUGUUCACGCAUGGCAUCAUCGAUUCUCAAAGGCGCGCUGCCGAAGAACGAAGAAGGCACGCGCGCUGCUAAGGACCUCAUUGCUAGCAACGAAGAAGAGUAUGAAGAUAUGGCUGUCAGACUCGGCACGUCCUGCCAGUAUGUCGGCCAUCGGCUCCAAGGCAGAUUGGGCAUGCUUAGGAAGCUGCUUUAUGAGUCCAGGACAACGAGUGCAUUGUUUGACACGAGGAGAUGGGUUAGGGAUUUGGAAGAGGCUUAUUCAAUCGCUUGGAGUAGGUGGGAGGAAGGAAAGGGCGGAGACAUUUGGCUGGAACCUCGUCGGAGUUAGUGGCUUCGAGGAGAUGAUCUGGUCACAAGAGGAGUUGGCAUCGCUUCUCCACUCCAAGUUUUCAACAACAUCGAAAAUGCCUUUCAU